AUGGUCCUGGGCUCCAGAGUAGAGACUCCCCUGCAGCUCAUGGAAAUUUUGGAAGAAUCCAUGAUGGAGCAGGUGUUUCCCUGCAGUCUCUGGAGACAUCACGCCGGAGCAAGUAUUCACACUGCAGCGUGUGGAGAACUCAACCCUGGAGGAGGUGGAUAUUCCCUAAAGGAGGUGUGGUCCAUGGAGACCCCACAGCAGGUUUAUCCUGAAGGACUGCAGCCUGUGGACGGCCCACCCUGGAGUGAAGUGCCCAUCACCAUCAGCAUUGAACCGUCGGUUGUUCUUGCUGGAGAGCAGGUGACUCUGUCCUGCCAGCUGUCAGACGGUGUCCCCUCUAACACGAGCGUGCUUUGGUACAGAAUGGAAAACGGGAGGGAUGCUCCACUGUGCUCUUCCUCCAGCCUGGGUGGGGUGGUGGAGCAGUGCCAGGAUGAAGAACAGCGAAGGACGGUGGGACACUGGCAGGGAAGAGCACUUCUCCUGGUUAUCCGGCAAGUGCGGGUAGCUGACGAGGGGACGUAUGUUUGUGCAGUGAACGGCAGCGUUGUCACACAGGAGGCUACUGCUCACCUUAAUGUUACAGCAAUUGGGUAUAAGCCAACUCUGGACAGGGAUCUGCAAGAGGAGAGUAUGUGUCGCUACACGUGUCAGUCAAAAAAAUGGUACCCAAAGCCUGAAGUCGUUUGGAUGAACUACGGAGGAGACACAGUAAAUGUGGAGGCCAAGACCAAUGUAACCUGGAGCGAGAGAGACCAUUUCACGGUGCAAAGCACCAUCACAGUGCCUUGUGAUAACGUAGAUGUGGUGUGUGUGGUCAGACUCAUCACAUCCAAGAUAAGCCGAUCAGGUUCCAUGAACGAAAUUAUUGUGCCACAGUCAGGCGCUUGCACAUACAAAGGCAGAAUAAGCGGUUCCUAUGUAAAGCACAAAGUGAUGUGGGUUGAUCCCCAAGGAGAAGAUCUAUCUUCAUGGGCCCAGACAAGCAUUCUACAGGAGAUGGACAAUAUUUUUGCAACAGAAAGCUCCAUUGAGAUACCCUGUGGACAACCACCACCUUCUUUUGUGGCCAUCGAUGAGGAACGCAGUCCACAGAUUGCUCAACAGUCAGAGAAGCAGAAGGAGAUCGAGAACCAGAAGAAGGAGAUUGGUGAGUGUCGCUGUGUCCCUGGAGGCCGUGCGUGCCAGCUAACUGUGAGGUUCAGGGGUCUUCAUAGGGUGUUGCUCGUGGCGUUCUGGCUGGUGGAGGCUUUGGUGUUGGUAGGAGAGCGAAGGAAGGGUCCAUUGAGGAAAGCCCCCUCUGAUGGGGCUGAUGACAUCAAGGUUGAUGGGGACACAGCCCAUCCCAACUUGUCUAUUGCUGUGGACAAGAAGAGUUUUACGUAUAAAUCACAGGCCCAGAAAGUGUCUCAAAAUAAAGGGAGUUUUGAUUCAUCUGUCUGUGUGCUGGGCUCAGAAGGUUUCUCCUCUGGGAAGCAUUACUGGGAGGUGAACGUCGAAAAAAGCAAUGACUGGGACCUAGGAGUAGCCAGAAAAUCCGCUCCAAGGAAAGGAAUGAUGUCUCUGUCACCUAAAGAAGGAUUCUGGGCUCUGGGCUUAAGUUUUAAUGAUUACUGGGCAAGAACUGAUCCAUGGACACGGUUAGUGGUGUUGAAAAAUCCCAGGAAAGUUGGAGUUUAUCUGAACUGUGAAGAGAAAAUUUUGACUUUUUUCAAUGUUACUGACAUGUCUGUGAUAUUCACGUUUAAAGACUGUGCAUUCUCAGAAGAAGUUUAUCCAUUCUUCAAAAACUCGCACAAAGAAUCAACCAUGAGAAUUUGUUCAAUUAAAGAGGAAUAA